CGGUUGGCCAGGGCGCCCCCACCUCUCCUGAGCCCGCGAGCGCCCCCAACCGCAGGGCCGGCCGUCCUGUCUGCCCCGCAGGACUGCGCGCCGGGAGGAGCGGAGACCCAGAGCCACAGAGGAGAGAGGGGGCUGUGCCGGGUCCGCGCCCUCCCGGGGGGCAGGAGGAGGAGUGGCAGGCGACAGCUGCAGGCCUGGCGCGAAUCCGAAGAUGCCGUCGCCCUGGGCCCUUGGGCUCCCGCUGCUGCUCCCCUGGGUGGCAGGUGGAUUAGAGAACGCGGCCAGUCCAAGGGGUCACGGGUUGUCGGCACUCCAGCCCGGGCUCUGUCGCUAUGGAACCAAACUGGCUUGCUGCUACGGCUGGAGAAGGGGCAGUAAGGGAGUCUGUGAAGCUACAUGCGAACCUGGCUGCAAGUUCGGUGAGUGUGUGGGACCAAACAAAUGUAGAUGCUUCCCAGGAUACACCGGGAAAACCUGCAGUCAAGAUGUGAAUGAGUGUGGAGAGAAACCCCGGCCAUGCCAACACAGAUGUGUGAACACACAUGGAAGCUACAAGUGCUUUUGCCUCAGUGGCCACAUGCUCAUGCCGGAUGCCACAUGUGCCAACUCUAGGACGUGUGCCAUGACAUACUGCCAGUACAGCUGUGAAGACACAGAGGAAGGGCCACGGUGUCUGUGUCCGUCCUCGGGACUCCACCUGGCCCCAAAUGGAAGAGUUUGCAUCGAUAUCGAUGAAUGUGCCUCUGGCGAAGCCGUCUGCCCCUACAAUCGGAGAUGUGUGAACACAUUUGGAAGCUACUACUGCAAAUGUCAUGUUGGUUUCGAACUGAAAUAUGUCAGUGGCCGGUAUGACUGUGUAGAUAUAAAUGAAUGUGCUGUGAAUACCCAUACGUGCAGCCUCUACGCCAAUUGCCUCAAUACCCAAGGAUCCUUCAAGUGCAAGUGCAAGCAGGGAUAUAAAGGCAGUGGACUUCAGUGUUCCGUUAUCCCUGAAAAGUCUGCGAAGGAAGUCCUCAGAGCACCUGGUACCAUCAAAGACAGAAUCAAGAAGUUGCUUGCUCACAAAAACAGCAUGAAAAAGAAGGUGAAAAUAAAAAACACCAUCGUAGAACCUGCUGGGACUCCUGCCCCGAAGGGUAACUUGCGGCCCUUUGACUCUGAAGAGAGUGUUUCCAGAGAUGGGAGCCCAAAUGGAGGGGAAAAGGGGAAUGAGGAGAGAAAGAGAGAGGGGCUGGAGGAAGAGAAAAGAGAUGAGACAGCCCUGAAGAACCACGUGGAGCAGGAACGAAGCCUUCGAGGAGAUGUGUUUUAUCACUUUUGAAGCAGAGCGUGGCAAGGGCAAAAACCGAAGAAAUUGCUGUAGAUGGUGUCAUGCUGGUGUCAGGCUAAUGUCCUGGUGGCCUUUUUAUCAGUGGAUGCUGGAAUGUUACUGUUGUCUUUUAUAUCCUUAUAUUUGACUUUUAAUGUCAGUUCUCUGUUUUUUUAUAUAUAUUAUGUCACAGAUGCCCCUCCAUUUAAAAAAUACGAACUGAAAAAUUGUAAUGUACCAAUAGAAACAUUAUUGUAAGCUGCCUUUCUUGUAUAGAUGCCUCGUUAUUUGCUUUAAAUUCAUUUCUGAAUUGAUAAAAUGUGGAAAUGUCAGUUUAGCUUUUCCCCCCAAUAAAUUUUAUCUGUCUAUAUGAGUUGAUGAACCUCUCUGUACAACACUUCUGGAAUUUUAAAAAAAAAGCACAGAGAAAUGUUUAAUUGUGUGACUUUUUUGGCACUUCUUGGAAACCAUGACAUCACAGAUAGACUUUUACCUAAGUUGCUUAACCUGAUCUUUUAUAGCCGAACUUGUAUGUUUAAAUUCUUUGUACUAAUAUCCAAAUAAUCACCUUGUGUCACGGUUUGUUUUUCUAAGUAAAAAAAUGUGC